GUCGCCUAUUUGUGCCGCGCCGAAACGAAAUCUCAAUGGAUAUACAUGUGCGGGCCUAUCAACUGCCAGUGAAUAAUAUCAGUAUAAAUUUAAGCCUCUGGCACAGAACUAAUUCCUUCCAACCAUUUUUGUAUAACCAAACGUAUGAUUAUUGCAAAUUUAUGAAGAAUCCAACGCGUAUGCCAUUUGUAAAGAUAUUCUUUGAUGCCAUAAAAAGGACUUCAAACAUAAAUCAUACUUGCCCUUAUAAUCAUGACCUCAUUGUGAAGGGCUUCGUAAUGAAUGAUAGUAUGUUUCGGCUGCUGCCUCUACCUGGGGGUACCUACAUGUUCAAGUUGCGCGUGGCCACAUUAAAUGCUUGGAGAGCCGAGGUUGGCGUUCAGUUCUUAUUAGACUUGAAGAGCAAAUAA